CCAGCUAUUUCAUUCGGGGAGGUUGCCACCCGUUUCGAUCCAGUCCCAGUUCGCGGAGCAAAACUACACAUACGAGCAGAAGAUGGAUGCCAGCGGGACCAAGGUGCUGGAGACGGCGGAGGACAUCCAGGAGCGUCGGCAGCAGGUGCUGGACCGCUACCGGCGCUUCAAGGAGCUGUCGGCCGUGCGGCGCCAGAAGCUGGAGGACUCGUACCGCUUCCAGUUCUUCAGGCGCGACGCCGACGAGCUCGAGAAGUGGAUCCUGGAGAAGCUCCAGAUCGCCUCCGACGAGAACUACAAGGACCCCAGCAACCUGCAGGGAAAGCUCCAGAAACACCAGGCUUUCGAGGCGGAGGUCCAGGCCAACGCAGGAGCCAUCAUCAAACUGGACGACACUGGCAACCUCAUGAUCUCCGAGGGACACUUUGCCUCCGAAACCAUCCGGACGCGCCUUGAGGAGCUGCAUCGCCUGUGGGACCAGCUGCUGCAGAAGACCAAGGAGAAGGGCGUGCGUCUCCUGCAGGCCCAGAAGCUGGUGCAGUACCUCCGCGAGUGCGAAGACGCCCUCGACUGGAUCACAGACAAGGAGGCCAUUGUGACAUCAGAGGAGCUGGGCCAGGACCUGGAGCACGUGCAGGUGCUGCAGAAGAAGUUUGAGGAGUUCCAGACGGACCUGGCGGCCCACGAGGAGCGCGUCAACGACGUCAACCAGACCGCGGCCAAGCUGACGCAGGACGCCCACCCCGAGGCCGAGCUCAUCCUGCGCAAACAGGAGGAGGUCAACGCCGCCUGGCAACGCCUCAAGGGACUCGCCCAGCAGAGGCAGGCCAAGCUGUUCGGGGCCGCCGAGGUGCAGCGCUUCAACAGGGAUGUUGACGAGACCAUCAGCUGGAUCAAGGAGAAGGAGCAGCUCAUGGCUUCGGACGACUUUGGCCGAGACUUGGCCAGCGUCCAGGCCCUGCUGCGCAAACACGAGGGGCUGGAGAGAGACCUGGCAGCCCUGGAGGACAAGGUGAACACCCUGGGAGGGGAGGCAGAGCGCCUGCAGCAGACUCACCCCCAGAACGCCUCUCAGAUCCACCUGAAGCGUGACGAGCUCAUCACCAACUGGGAGCAGAUCCGCACGCUGGCUGCCGAGAGACACGCCCGCCUCAACGAUUCCUACAGGCUGCAGCGUUUCACUGCUGACUUCCGCGACCUGACCAGCUGGGUGACUGAGAUGAAGGCUCUGAUCAACGCUGACGAGCUGGCCAACGACGUGGCCGGAGCCGAGGCCCUGCUCGACCGCCACCAGGAGCACAAGGGAGAGAUUGACGCCCAUGAGGACAGCUUCAAGGCCACUGACGAGGCCGGCCAGGCUCUGCUCGACACCGGACACUACGCCUCCGAUGAAGUCAAAGAAAAGCUGGGCAUCCUGUCUGAGGAGAAGGAGUCCCUGCUGGAGCUGUGGGAGCAGCGUCGUCAGCAGUAUGAGCAGUGCAUGGACCUGCAGCUCUUCUACAGGGACACCGAGCAGGUCGACAACUGGAUGAGCAAACAGGAGGCUUUCCUGCUGAAUGAAGAUCUGGGAGACUCUCUGGAUAGCGUGGAGGCUCUGCUGAAGAAGCAUGAGGACUUUGAGAAAUCCCUCAGCGCCCAGGAGGAGAAGAUCACCGCCUUGGAUGAGUUUGCCACCAAGCUGAUCCAGAACAACCAUUACGCUAAGGAGGAUGUGGCCACUCGCCGUGAUGCUCUGUUGGACCGUCGCAAUGCUCUCCAUGAGCGUGCCCAGUCUCGCCGCGCUGCCCUGGAGGACUCCUUCCACCUGCAGCAGUUCUUCCGCGACUCCGACGAGCUCAAGAGCUGGAUCAACGAGAAGAUGAAGACCGCCACCGACGAGGCCUACAAGGAUCCCUCCAACCUGCAGGGCAAGGUGCAGAAGCACCAGGCCUUCGAGGCGGAGCUGUCGGCCAACCAGAGCCGCAUCGACGCGCUACAGAAGUCGGGCCAGGAGCUGAUCGACGGCAGCCACUACGCUUCCGCGGAGGUCUCCACCCGCAUGGACGAGGUCAGCACCCAGUGGAAGAAGCUGCUGGAGGCCACCGAGCUCAAAGGCAUCAAGCUGCGCGAGGCCAACCAGCAGCAGCAGUUCAACCGCAACGUGGAGGACAUCGAGCUGUGGCUGUACGAGGUGGAGGGCCACCUGGCCUCCGACGACUACGGCAAGGACCUGACCAGCGUCCAGAACCUGCAGAAGAAGCACGCCCUGCUGGAGGCCGACGUGGCCGCUCACCAGGACCGUAUCGACGGCAUCACCAUCCAGGCGCGCCAGUUCCAGGAGGCGGGCCACUUUGACGCCGACAACAUCCGCAAGAAGCAGGAGGCCCUGGUGGCGCGCUACGAGGCCCUGAAGGAGCCCAUGGCCGCCCGCAAGCAGAAGCUCUCCGACUCCCUGCGGCUGCAGCAGCUCUUCAGGGACGUGGAGGACGAGGAGACCUGGAUCAGGGAGAAGGAGCCCAUCGCCGCCUCCACCAACAGGGGCAAAGAUCUGAUUGGUGUUCAGAACCUGCUGAAGAAGCACCAGGCCCUGCAGGCUGAGAUCUCGGGCCACGAGCCCCGCAUCAAGGCCGUCACCCAGAAGGGCCAGGCCAUGGUGGAGGAAGGCCACUUUGCGGGCGAGGAGGUGAAGGCCAAGCUGGGCGAGCUGAACGGCCGCUGGGACACGCUGAAGAGCAAGGCGGGCCAGCGGCGCCAGGACCUGGAGGACUCCCUGCAGGCCCAGCAGUACUUCGCCGACGCCAACGAGGCCGAGUCCUGGAUGAGGGAGAAGGAGCCCAUCGUGGGCAGCGUCGACUACGGCAAGGACGAGGACUCCGCUGAGGCUCUGCUGAAGAAGCACGAGGCUCUGAUGUCCGAUCUGAGCGCCUACGGCAGCAGCAUCCAGGGCCUGAAGGAGCAGGCCCAGUCCUGCAGGCAACAAGUGGCUCCAACUGAUGAUGAGACGGGUAAGGAGCUGGUGCUGGCCCUGUAUGACUACCAGGAGAAGAGCCCUCGCGAGGUCACCAUGAAGAAGGGAGACAUCCUCACCCUGCUCAACAGCACCAACAAGGACUGGUGGAAGGUGGAGGUGAACGACCGCCAGGGCUUCGUGCCGGCCGCCUACGUGAAGAAGCUGGACCCCACCCAGUCCUCCUCUCGCGAGAACCUCCUGGACGAGCAGGGCAGCAUCGCUCUCCGCCAGGAGCAGAUCGAGAACCAGUACGGCACUCUGCUGGACCUGGGCGAGAAGAGGAAGGACAUGCUGGAGAAGAGCUGCAAGAAAUUCAUGCUGUUCCGCGAGGCCAACGAGCUGCAGCAGUGGAUCAACGAGAAGGAGGGCGCCCUCACCAACGAGGAGGUGGGCUCCGACCUCGAGCAGGUGGAGGUGCUGCAGAAGAAGUUUGACGACUUCCAGAAGGAUCUGAAGGCCAACGAGUCUCGCCUGCGGGACAUCAACAAGGUGGCGUCCGAGCUGGAGUCUGAGGGCCUGAUGGCAGAGGAGGCCCCUGUGGUGCAGGCUCAGCAACAAGAGGUGCUGGGUUCAGCCCCUGGCAAGGAUGAAGGAGACUCAAAGAACGCAUCACCAUGGAAGAAUGUGCGCUUGGCUGUCCAAACGACAGCUAACUUUAAUACCAUUAAGGAGCUGAAUAACCGCUGGAGGGCUCUGCAGCAGCUGGCUGAGGAGAGGAGCAACAUGCUUGGCAGUGCUCACGAGGUGCAGAGGUUCCACAGGGAUGCUGAUGAGACCAAGGAGUGGAUCGAGGAGAAGAACCAGGCCCUGAACACGGACAACUACGGCCACGACCUGGCCAGCGUGCAGGCCCUGCAGAGGAAGCACGAGGGCUUCGAGAGAGACCUGGCUGCCCUGGGAGACAAGGUGAACUCUCUGGGCGAGACGGCCGAGCGCCUCAUCCAGUCUCACCCGGAGGCGGUGGACGACAUCAAGGAGAAAUGCACCGAGCUCAACACGGCCUGGAGCAGCCUGGUGGGCCGCGCCGACCAGCGCAAGGACAAGCUGGGCAACUCCCACGACCUGCAGCGCUUCCUCAGCGACUUCAGAGAUCUGAUGUCCUGGAUCAACGGCAUCAGGGGACUGGUGUCUUCAGAUGAGCUGGCCAAGGACGUGACUGGAGCAGAGGCACUGCUGGAGAGACACCAGGAGCACCGCACGGAGAUCGAUGCGCGUGCUGGCACCUUCCAGGCAUUCGAGCAGUUUGGGCAGCAGCUGCUGGCGCGCGGCCACUACGCCAGCCCGGAGAUCCAGCAGAAGCUGGAGGCCCUGGACCGCGAGAGGGCCGACCUGGAGAAGGCCUGGGUGCAGCGUAGGAUGAUGCUCGACCAGUGCCUGGAGCUGCAGUUGUUCAACAGGGACUGUGAGCAGGCUGAGAACUGGAUGGCGGCCCGCGAGGCCUUCCUGGCCAGCGAUGACAAGGGAGACUCCCUGGACAGUGUGGAGGCGCUCAUCAAGAAGCACGAGGACUUUGACAAGGCCAUCAACGUACAGGAGGAGAAGAUUGCUGCCCUUCAGUCCUUCGCUGACCAGCUGAUUGGAGCCGACCACUACGCCAAGCCUGAAAUCACCAACCGCCGCAAUGAAGUGCUCGACAGGUGGCGCCGUCUGAAGGCCCAGAUGAUUGAGAAGCGCUCCAAGCUGGGAGAGUCCCAGACGCUGCAGCAGUUCAGCCGUGACGUCGACGAGAUCGAGGCCUGGAUCAGCGAGAAGCUGCAGACGGCCUCCGACGAAUCCUACAAGGACCCUACCAACAUCCAGCUGUCGAAGCUGCUGAGCAAACACCAGAAGCACCAGGCCUUCGAGGCUGAGCUGCACGCCAACGCGGACCGUAUCCGUGGCGUCAUCGACACCGGCAACGCCCUCAUCCAAAGGGGAGCGUGCGCAGGAAGCGAGGAUGCCGUCAAGGCCCGUCUGAAUGCGCUGGACGAGCAGUGGCAGUUCCUGGUCAACAAGUCUGCUGAGAAGAGCCAGAAGCUGAAGGAGGCCAACAAGCAGCAGAACUUCAACACCGGCAUCAAGGACUUCGACUUCUGGCUGUCCGAGGUUGAGGCUCUUCUGGCUUCUGAGGACUAUGGCAAAGAUCUGGCUUCUGUCAACAACCUGCUGAAGAAGCACCAGCUACUGGAGGCCGACAUCUCUGCUCAUGAGGAUCGUCUGAAAGAUCUGAAUGGCCAGGCUGACAGCCUGAUGGCCAGCAACGCCUUCGACACCUCCCAGGUGAAGGACAAGCGCGACGCUGUCAACGGCCGCUUCGGCAAGAUCAAGAGCAUGGCCGCCGGCCGCCGCGCCAAACUCAACGAGUCGCACCGUCUGCACCAGUUCUUCAGGGACCUGGACGACGAGGAGUCUUGGAUCAAAGAAAAGAAAUUGCUUGUGAGCUCGGAGGACUAUGGACGUGAUUUGACAGGAGUGCAGAAUCUGAGGAAGAAGCAUAAGAGGCUUGAGGCUGAGCUGGGUGCCCACGAGCCGGCCAUUCAGUCUGUGCUGGACACUGGCAAGAAGCUGUCUGAUGACAACACCAUUGGCCAGGAGGAGAUUCAGCAGAGGCUGGCCCAGUUUGUGGAGCACUGGAAGGAGCUGAAGGACUUGGCCGCUGCCCGUGGGCAGAGGCUGGAGGAGUCGCUGGAGUACCAGCAGUUUGUUGCGAAUGUGGAGGAAGAGGAAGCGUGGAUCAACGAGAAGCUGAACUUGGUUGGAAGUGAAGACUAUGGUGAUACCCUGGCUGCUGUGCAGGGAUUGUUGAAGAAACACGAGGCGUUUGAGACUGACUUUACUGUGCAUAGAGAUCGUGUGAAUGACGUGUGUGCCAAUGGAGAUGAACUGAUCAAGAAGAACAACCACCAUGUGGACAACAUCACGGCCAAGAUGGCGGCCCUGAAGGGCAAGGUGUCGGAGCUGGAGCGGGCGGCCGCCCAGAGGAAAGCCAAGCUGGACGAGAACUCCGCCUUCCUGCAGUUCAACUGGAAGGCCGACGUGGUGGAGUCCUGGAUCGGUGAGAAGGAGAACAGCCUGAAGACUGAUGACUAUGGUCGUGACCUGUCUUCAGUGCAGACGCUGCUCACCAAGCAGGAGACGUUCGACGCGGGUCUGCAGGCCUUCCAGCAGGAGGGCAUUGCCAACAUCACGGCCCUGAAGGACCAGCUGCUGGCUGCCAAGCACGUGCAGUCCAAGGCCAUCGAGGCGCGCCACGCCACCCUCAUGAAGCGCUGGAACCAGCUGCUCUCCAACUCAGAGGCCCGCAAGAAGAAGCUGCUGGAGGCCCAGGAGCACUUCAGAAAGGUUGAGGACCUGUUCCUGACCUUCGCCAAGAAGGCGUCGGCCUUCAACAGCUGGUUUGAGAACGCGGAGGAGGACCUGACGGACCCGGUGCGCUGCAACUCUCUGGAGGAGAUCCGGGCGCUGCGCGACGCCCACGACGCCUUCCGCGCCUCCCUCAGCUCGGCCGAGGCCGACUUCAACCAGCUGGCCGAGCUGGACCGGCAGAUCAAGAGCUACCACGUGGUGUCCAACCCCUACACCUGGUUCACCAUGGAGGCCCUGGACGAGACCUGGAGGAACCUGCAGAAGAUCAUCAAGGAGCGCGAGCUGGAGCUGCAGAAGGAGCAGCGGCGUCAGGAGGAGAACGACAAGCUGCGGCAGGAGUUUGCCCAGCACGCCAACGCCUUCCACCAGUGGCUACAGGAGACCAGGACAUACCUCCUGGAUGGGUCUUGUAUGGUGGAAGAAUCCGGAACGUUGGAGUCACAGCUGGAGGCCACAAAGCGUAAGCACCAGGAGAUCCGUGCGAUGCGCAGCCAGCUGAAGAAGAUUGAGGACCUGGGGGCGGCCAUGGAGGAGGCUCUGAUCCUGGACAACAAGUACACGGAGCACAGCACGGUGGGCCUGGCGCAGCAGUGGGACCAGCUCGACCAGCUGGGCAUGAGGAUGCAGCACAACCUCGAACAGCAGAUACAGGCCAGAAACACGACGGGCGUAACGGAAGAGGCACUGAAGGAGUUCAGCAUGAUGUUCAAGCACUUCGACAAGGAGAAGUCUGGCCGUCUGAACCACCAGGAGUUCAAGUCGUGCUUACGGUCGCUGGGUUACGAUCUUCCCAUGGUGGAAGAAGGAGAACCGGAUCCGGAGUUUGAAUCCAUCUUGGACACCGUCGACCCCAACAGGGAUGGCAACGUCUCCUUGCAGGAGUACAUGGCGUUUAUGAUCAGUCGCGAGACAGAGAACGUCAAGUCGAGCGAAGAGAUCGAAAGCGCCUUCCGGGCCCUCAGUGCAGAAAGCAAACCCUACGUCACAAAAGAAGAACUCUACCAGAACCUCACGAAGGAACAGGCGGACUACUGCAUCUCGCACAUGAAGCCAUACCUGGACAGCAAGGGCCGCGAGCUGCCGUCGGCCUUCGACUUCGUGGAAUUCACCCGCUCGCUAUUCGUCAAUUGAAACCCCGCCUCCCCCUGCCUGCCAGUGACCAAUCGGGAUGUGUUUAUCGCACUACCACCACCACGACCAAGAUCACCCACCAACCUACCAAACAAAAACGCACCACACGGCUGAACUGCAUGAUUCCAACACUAGAGUUCUCUAUAGUACUCAGUAUCUGUAUCUAAAGCUAAUAUCUCUUUGCAUUAUUUAUCUCUCUCUCUAUCACACACAAACUUUGUGCUUCACUGACAACAAUAGUGUAGUGGAUCUUGUCUGCAUUUUUCCUUGUGGUUGUUUUUAGCUGUUAACGUGCUUUGCUUGAUUUUAAAAACUAUAGAGAGAUGGUAUGCCGUAACAUCACUUGUUAAAAGACUGCAGUGUGCAUUAAUAAACGCUACUGGUUAGAACUGGUAAA